AUGAAUAUUUAUAUAUUAGUCUAUAUUUUAAUUCAAAUAUCAAAUUAUUUCCAUCAUAUUUCUGCUGUUGCGUCCGAAGAAAAACAGAAUGAUAAAAAUGUAAACAAAAAAGACGCAGAAGAUUUUAAAUUUCGCAGAUCAAAUAGAAGAUUCGACGAAGAGUUAAACGACGAGGAAUGGCACGUUGAACAUUUAGUAAAUACAGAAACAAGCUUAAGGAAAAACAAAUGUAAACAGGAGUCUUUUAAUGAAAGAGUUGAUAAAUAUAAGAAAGAAUUAAGAGACGAUGCUGCCUUUGUAGAAUUUGUAUCGUCUGAUGCGUUGGUUGUUAAUAAAGAAGAUAUGAUUAAUGAUCCAUGUCUUACAAAUAAUGUGAAUGGACAUAAGAUAGUUAGCGAAAACCAUAAUAGUGGAAAAGCUACCUCACAGAAUGAAAAUUUCACUCAAUUUUUUAAUGUCUCCGACGAUGAAGCCUCCAGAAGAAUUAACACUGCAACAACUGAUAAUUUAAAAAGAGUUUUAUUAUCCGACGAUAUAGAUAGAGAGGAUAAAUCGAGUAAAAACAGACGUAGUGAGUAUCUGUUAAGCUCGGUUGAAUAUUACGAUGAAGUCUCAGAAUUUGAUGAGUCGAUGUGUCCUGAUGAUGUGGAAGUGGUUACACUACAAUUAAAUAACAUAAAUAAUUACGAUGUUGAGUGUGAGGUAAUUUUAGAGUGGAGAAGCUUAGAAUAG